AUGUACUCACAAUUUAUCACCGCACUCACUUGUCUUCGCUUUAAUGCACCUGUAGCGCCUUCUAGCGCUCCGCAACCUCCACCGCUGCUGCUUGCCACUUCUCGCCCGUCGCUCCUCCGGGUUGUAGACACCCGGCUCCUCCACUGCCUUGGCGCCGCUCGUGGCGCCUCGCUGGGGGGAUGUUCUGGACAGCGAUCCACUGCCAGUAGUGACGACACGGUGGUACUACUGUACCAC